CGGGAUGAUGUCGUCGACGAACGAGGAGGAUCCGUUCCUCCAGGUUCAACAGGAUGUUCUCGCGCAACUCCAAUCCACCCGAUCCCUCUUCACCUCGUACCUGCGCAUCCGCUCCCUCACCAGCACCGCCACAGGCGGCCCAUCGCCCGAGCUCGCCUCGGCCCGCGCGGACCUCGAAUCGUCUCUGACCUCGCUCGCGGAGGACCUCGCCGACCUCGUCGAGUCAGUCAAGGCCGUCGAGUCGGCGCCCGCCCAGUAUGGCCUCGACGCGGGCGAGGUUGCGCGGCGCAAGCGCCUCGUGCAAGAAGUCGGCGGCGAGAUUGAGGACAUGCGCGAGGAGCUCGCCAAGGCUACCUCCUCCACCACCAGUACAAAGAAAAGCAACAACAACAGCGACCUGCCCGACCCGUCGGCGUUUGAGACCGCGGGGGAAGGGGGGGAGGAUUAUGUUGCCGAGUUUGAGCGGCAGCAGCAGUUGGUCAUGAUGCGGGAGCAGGACGAGCAUCUCGACGGGGUGUUCCAGACGGUCGGGAACCUGCGGCGCCAGGGGGAGGACAUGGGCCGCGAGCUGGAGGAGCAGCUCGACAUGCUUGACACUGUGGACCGGAUGGCGGAUCGGGUGGGCGGUCGGCUGCAGACGGGCAUGGAGAAGCUCCGCUAUGUGAUGCGGCGGAAUGAGGAUCGGCUGAAUAGCUGCUGCAUCGGGGUCUUGAUUGUUGUCUUGAUUAUUUUAUUGAUCUUGCUCUUGGUGUUGUGAGGUUUGGGAUUCCGGUGUUGGGCUGGUUAUCAAGGCGCGUUCUGUGAGUGCAGACAAUUCGUGAAAUCCUAUAGAUAGACGGAGGACUUUGGUCAUCGGGCGUUUUGGGGUCCUUUUAUUAUUUUCUUCGGGAUCUUUUGCUUGAGUACCUAGGCCGAAAUCCACGAGGCAGCUCUGCCCCUGACCUCUUGCGAAAGGCAAAUGUGGCCCCCUUUCCCUGAGAUUCUGCCCUCUAUGCUAAACCCACAAGACCGACCGCCGUAGCACAUGCAUACCACCAUAUC